AUGCACCUCUUUUCAUAUUUUUGGCUUUUAAUUUCUAUCUGGUCAUGUCUGGCUGCAGCUCCCCCAAGGACGAUCUCCAAGAGAGGUAACAGCUCAUUUGUGAGCUCUAGUGAAGAUGGAUUUUCUGUCAACGGAAGCUCACUUCGAUUCGUCGGGACCAACUUGUACUGGCUGCCGACAUUGGAAUCGAACGAUGACAUCUGGAAUGUGCUGAAGAACAUAUCUGACACCGGUAUCAAGGUCAUCAGGAUUUGGGCAUUUAACGACGUGGAAAUCAUUCCGGGGAGUGGAACGUGGUUUCAGUUGGUACAGGACUGCACUACUACAAUCAAUGACGGUCCAAAUGGACUGCAGAAACUUGAUACGGUGGUUCAAAUGGCAGAACAACAAGGGCUGUAUGUUAUCAUGUCACUAACGAAUAACUGGAAUCCGGUACCUGACAUAACAUCAUCCGGCACUCCAUCACGUGAUGUGCUUAUAUCUGACACUUCUCCGCGUAAUACUCUUUCAAACGACUAUGGCGGUAUGGAUCUAUAUGUCCGCCAGUUCGGGCUUCAGAACCACGACGAUUUCUACACGAACGACAAAAUCUUGACCGCCUUCCAGAAUUACACCAAGCAGAUCGUAUUGCGCUAUCUCAAUAGCCCUGCUGUCUUCAGUUGGGAGCUUGCCAAUGACGCUAGGUGCAACUCGACCCUGCCCACUAGUCCAACGUGUACCACACAAACCGUCACAAAGUGGCACGCUCAGAUGGCUGAAUUCAUCGCGUCCAUUGAUCCCAACCACAUGGUCUCCGCUGGAACAUCCGGGUUCCAAUGCACAGAUUGUCCGAAGUUGUACCCCAUUACACCAAGAGCUUCGCCUACGCCUACGCCCUCUCCCGCACCUGGCAAGAAGCGCAGCAGAGUCACCCCUUUGACAGAAGAGCAGAUCAUCAGGCAGCGCGCAGGAACCUUGAAAGAAGAUGGGGUACUGAUGAAGAGUCGCUGGGCAUCUACAGCAACGCGAGAAGUCUCCAGCUCGAUCUGCUCCACAACGGAUGGUUCAUAUGGUGUCGACAGCCAGGACAUCCUUAACAUUCCCAACAUUGGCUUCGGUUCUUUCCAAGUAUUUCCCGACCAGAACACGUACGCUCCCAAUGACCCAAACCUCGACGCCGUCCACAACAAAAUUAACUCGAGUCUUGCGUGGAUCCAGCAAUCAGCUCAGUUUGCUGCUGCCGUUGGGAAGCCUCUUGUCCUCAGCGCAUUCGGUCUAGUCACCCAAUCCAAUUUGAACAGCUACGUCCCGUUCAACAUGACUUGUGCUCCCUACGCAUCUAGUGCAGCGGCUAUGGGUGUCACUGCAGCGAUUAUGGACGCCACUACGACGACAAAUUUUGCCAAUGACACGCAACAAGCACAGGGUUACGGCUCGUUUUUGCAGAUGGGCAACAGCGCUGGAUUGGGAGGCUCCAUGCAAUACCAGUGGGGCUCGACGGGCAUUACCCAGCCGGGCACUGCCAUCCAGUUAGACACAACCAACUCCUCAUCACCAGCGGCAGCAACGGGGGAUUCACCUAACGAUGGUUACUCCAUUGCUAACAGCACAGCCGUUCAACAAAUCCUGCAGCAGGGCGCGCAGGCGAUGGCUGUAGUUUCAUGA